AUGCCCACCCCAUCCAGCAACAUUGUCCUUGCAAAGGAGAGAGGAGCAGCACCAACGGGCAACCAAGCCCGCCAGGGAGCGGCGAUCACUUUCUACGACGUCUGUCGCACCCCCAAAGCCCCAAUCCACGUAGGGCAGAGAAUCCACAUCCACGCCCUCCUAUCCUGCACCGCCCUCUUCCAGGAUGGAGAAGGAGCCCCAACCAGAUACACAGCGUAUGACACGGGUAUCGGAGGAACAGUGGUUGGCAUCAGAGCAAUCGAGGGCCCUGUCGUCGAGUUCGUGGUCAGAAACGAGGAAGAGUGGUCCAGGACGGACUACGCUUACCUCUCUGUCCCCUUCAUCCAAGGCCAAACAACCCACGUCAGCCUCUGGGACAGAGUCCUGAGGGCGGCAACGACACAACUCGCCUUCCCCACCCGCCACAUCCCGCUGGAGGAUAACGCAAUCGUCUACAAGCACAACGCGCGCCCGCGAAGCAACGAAGACCCCCUUCGUUUUCUGGCGCUGGAGCUGGAGAGGGCUGGUGUGGACGAGCUGAUGGCGGCGGAGAGCGAAGAGUAG